CAAAUAAAACAUCACUAUAUUUAUAUAUAAAAAAACACUACACUUUGAACUAAAAUAAUUAAUAGAUCUUUUGUAGUGCUCAUCAUGGCCCUGGAGAAGAUUUGUGGGAUGGAUAAGCCAUCGUUUAUGAGGGGAUUUGGCUCCCUCACCUCCGAACAGACAAUCGAACAAAUCAGACUGGCCUCGAGUAACAUGGAUAAUCCCUGCGCUAUAAUGGCCCCACCAUUUGAGAGACCCCGGGAACGUCUGAAUGAACUGGCAGCCCUGAGUAAUGUACGGAUGGAUUUUGAUCACGGAACCACCACGGUGGGAUUCGUUUACAGAGGUGGCAUUAUCCUGUGUGUGGAUUCCAGGGCCACGUCUGGGAAAUUUAUUGGAUCGCAGAGUAUGCAGAAGGUGGUGCAGGUGAACAAGUAUAUGCUGAGCACCAUGGCAGGUGGGGCAGCGGACUGCAUUUACUGGGACCGAGUUUUGACCAGGGAGAGCAGACUUCACGAGCUGCGCUAUAAGGAGCUAUUAUCAGUCCGAUCCGCUGCCAGAUUUAUUUGCAAUGUGGCAGCGGACUACAAGGGAAUGGGUCUCUGCAUGGGAAUGAUGCUGGCAGGAUGGUCCACCGAAGGUCCCAGUUUGGUUUAUGUGGACUCCGAUGGACUGCGCAUCCACGGAAAAGUCUUUGCCGUGGGAAGUGGUGCCUCGAAUGCCCUGGGAAUCCUAGAUACCGACUACCGCUUUAAUCUCAGCAACGAGGAAGCCUUCGAUCUCGCCUUUCGCGCAGUGUAUCAUGCCACCAUGAGGGAUAUUUUUUCAGGCGGUCUGGUGAGGCUAUAUCACAUGGACCGAAGUACCUGGAGAAAUGUGGCCAACAAAGAUUGCCAGGAGCUGCACGAAAAAUAUUCGAAAAGUGCCAAUAACCAUGUAGUUCUGGACGCUAAACGCAAGGUUUAA